UAGCGGAGUAAUAUCAGCAGAUGUCGCUCUUGUUUCAAUUGUAAUAAAAUGGCUCUAUAUUUGUCUCAUGGAAGACAUUUUGGAGUAAAUUCAAAAAGAAAUAAUUAUUGAAUUCAAAAUCAAGAAAUUUUUGUAUGCUUAUAUAUUUUAUAUGGAACACUUGCACACACAUUUAUAAAAGUUCAUAUGUGUGAAUAUAAAUGAUUGAAGAAAACUCUCAAAUUAUUUAGGAGAAAAAAAUUAUCAAAAGAGUAUAAAAAAUACAUUCAACUUACAAAAUAAUAGUUUUGAAGGAAAUUUGAAGGAAGGAAGAAAAAAAGAACAACGUACUUUUUGUUUUCGGCUUUUUUUUUGUUUCUUUAUUAAAAAUUUGAAAAAAAAAUAUUAACACCCAUGGAACUUAGAAACGAAAUCUAUUAUUUAAUUGAUCAAUCAUCAAAUAUGCACAAUACAAAUAUUUAUUCAAAUUUUAAAUAAGACUAAUAAAACAUUACAAUUAUAAAACAACAAAAAUUAAUUCUUAUAUUCUAAAACAAUAAAAAAAUUAUUAAUAAAAUUUUAAAAAUACAAACACAAAAAAAAAUCUACUCGAUUAUAAUGACAACCGUGAUAUAUAAUGGAAGCCCCUCCCGGCAUCAUAGCCGUAUGACAAGUUCACAUCAUUUACAUCAUCAAGCACAACAAACAAUACCACCACCAUCACAUUACUCACCGACAUCGAAUCAACAGCAUUCAAAUUCGAAACAUCCACCGACACCAUCAUCUGUAAUGUCAUUUAAUUCACAUCAUCAAUCAUCAUCAUUAAAUCCAAUAAUAAUGCCGCCAGCAUCAUAUUUAUCAACUGGUACACCGAUGUCAUCAUCAUCUAUUUCACUUUCACAACAACAACAUCAACAACAACAUUCAGUUUCAUCGCAUUUACCGCCAACAAUGCAAAAUCACCCACCUCAAUAUCAACAACAUAUACAAGGACAUUAUCAUCAUGCAACAUUAUCAAUGUAUCCAGUUGGAACUGGCGGACGUCAACAUAAACGUAGAUCAGCUGUUGAAAUGCUUGCCGAAAGUAAACCUUUAUAUGUUAAAUCUGAAACAGUUUUAGAUCGUCAUCAACAUUUAAUGUAUAGAACUGCUGCAGCUGCAGCUGUACAUGGUUCAAAUACACUUGGUAGAGAAAGUAAUACACCAGGAAAUGCAGUCGCUUGUAUAUUAUCACCUGUAAGAACAUUAGGUCAUCAUCAUCACCAUCAUCAUCAUCAUACAAAUAAUGGUAUUAAUAGUAGUAUAGUAUUAGAGAGAGGUACACAGGUUAUUUCAAGUUCUCAACGUUCAGCUAAUCGUCGUAGUGCUUCAUCUAGUUCAGAUUUAUUACAGACCAAAUUACGUAAGCUUUUAAAUGCUGAUACCAAAGAUAUUUCAGUUCCUGAAUUGCCACGAUAUAAAGCAAAUACUAUGGGAAUGCCGAAGAAAUAUGAUACAUUUAGUAAAUACCAAUCCGUAAAAUAUAAUCAAGAGCUGUCAAUUCAUCCUUCAAAUGAUCAAACUGAUUCUAACGUUAUGUUUCCUAGUGCUUUUUUGUCACCACAAUCGCUGCCACCAAAUCCUGUUUCAGAUGAUGAUAUUUAUUCAUAUGGAAUUGAUGAACCACUUAUUUUAACUGAAGACUAUCGCGCAAUUAGUCCACCCGCUGAAUAUGCAGCGGUUGAUAGUUCGCCAGAAAAGGACCAAAGAUGUAAUUACCAACGAUCCUUUUCUCAUUCUCAUGAAGUUGCCUCAGAUGAUCCUGAUUAUUCAUCCCCAUCCUAUAAUAUUAAUAGUCAUAAAUCAUUACCAGACUUACAUUCACAAAUUAGUCGGCAUUCACCACAUAGUGAAGUUUUAAGCUGCUGCAGCCGCGGUAAUCGUUCAAAUAAAUCGGGUGGCGGUAGCUCUUUAAAUCGUGAUUCCGGUGGUUCAUCUGGCCACUAUACGCAUCGAAGUGAACCAUGUUGUAAACAACAACGCGAUAUGAAUAAAGUUUAUGUUGGAACUGAAUAUCGACGUGAUAGCGGUUCCUCAACACAACAUAGUGGAAAUUCAUAUUAUGGUUAUGCUGUAUCUAGUACUCGUUAUGAUUGUCCCGAAUGUCGUUCAAAAUAUCAAAAAGAUUCUGAAUGCCUUCUUAAUUUUACAACACCUGAAGUACCAGAAGCAUUUCAAGACGAUUAUCCUGGCGAGCAAACAGCUAAAGCGACAGCUCGUUACUAUGAGGAAAAAUCUAAGAGUCGAAAAAAUUAUAUUCAAAGUGGUAAAUUGAAUCAAUCACAUCAACAACAGCAACAUCAACAACAGCAACAACAACAGCAACAUCAUACUCAGCAACAACAACAUAUUCAAAAACCACCAACCCAACAAGAAUUAAAGCAUCAUAGACAUAGCAGUGGUAGUAGUCAACAUCAUACGCAGAAUAGUCCUACAAUUCGUACACCAGAUGGUAGUAUUGGUAGUCUAAAUAAUGAGCAACCUCAAAUUCAAUUAAAACCACAAGAAUUAAGUCCACCACUUGGUACAUUUAAACGUCAAAAAUGUUUUCGAUUUAAGCAACGAACACGUUAUUCAACAUCAAAUGAUCGAAAUUCAUGUAGAACUGAAAAUGCAGCUAUUGCUGUAUCAAGUGCUGCAGCUACAAUGUCAGCAUCAUGUGAAGAUGAUCGUAAACCGAUCUUACGUUCUAAAAGUGAUAUUAGCGAUCGUUAUUGGAAUCGUGGUUCACCAAUUAGUGAUAGUUGUAGUAAAUUAUCAACAUUUGGAAUUGAUAAACGUGGACGAUCUGAAAGUAUGUCACAAUUAGAGAAAUUCUUUGAUCGUUUGGGUUUAAAUGAAGAAAAAUAUGAAGAAAUUUAUAGUCCAAAAAGACGUUUCAGCAGUGAUAAUGAAUCGGAUCAAUCAAGUACCGUAUUCUUUUCAGAUGUAAGCACUGUUGAUUCAACACGAUUACCAGAUAGUACAGAAACACAACCACAGACACAACCAUAUAGACCAACAGAGCCACCAUCAAUUGUUGAACGUAAUGCACGCAUUAUUAAAUGGUUGUGCAAUUGUAGAAAGCAAGCGUUAACAUAACAUUGACUAUAUAAUAUAGAAAAUAAAUUUUAACAAAAUUAUUUUAAUUUUUUUUAAGUUCGUCUUUUUUGUUGUUUUUCGUUUUCG